GGGUCUGAGUCUUGGUUGAAGAAUCUGCUACUACAUUUCCCAGCAUGCUCCACCGACAGCCUCCUUGCCUGUCGGGAGUUGUAGUCUUUCCAUUGUGCAACAUUGCUUGCGGCGAAUCUAGGCUACAACUAUUUCGUGGGGUGAAGAAGUGUGAUGGCAAGUGUGAGUGCUUUAAAAAGCGCACUCCCAGGACGACUCCUGCCAGCCUUAAGCUGAUUUAUUAGACUUUGCCUCUCCCUAGGGAUCUGCGAAUUUAUUUUUGGCCAAGGGUUAUUGAUAAUACAUGCAAGAUCGCAACCAGCCUUUCUCAACCUUGGGUCCCCAGAUGUUUUUGACCUACAACUCCCAUCAUCCCUGACCACUGGUCCUGUGAGCUAGGGAUCAUGGGAGUUGUAUUCCAAAAACAUCUGGUGACCCAAGGUUGAGAAAUCCCAACAUGGGGGGCCCAGAUGUUGACUACUACCCCCAUCAUCCCGAGCCACCCGCCAUCUGGAGAUCCAGGAUCGGGAAGGGAUGCAACCAGACCCUUUUGUUUCAUUUUCUAACACAGUACAAAUUAAAGUCUGCGCUAUGUUGGAGAAAAUUAAGACACUUCCAGGCAAUAGCUAUUCCUGGGAAAAUAUAUGCCACUAGUGAUUUUUUCUCUCUGUUUUUGGACAGUAGGAAACCCUAAGAAAGGUUAAACGCAGCAAAAUUGCACGUUUAACACAAAAGUAGACUCUCUCCUAGAAAGUGUAGCCUUGCAGCCUGAACCCCUCGACAACAUUUAGGACCAUUUCCCCUCCUUCAGUUUGCGGUGUGGGAAGAUGAUGCUCCCCUCUCCCGACGUGGGUCGGCCUGACCUUCCUGCAAGUUUACUUUUUAUAAAAAAGAACAUUUAAUAAAUAAUAAUAAAUGCCAAUAUGUUUGUAUGUCAAAUACAACGUGCCCCUAACAAUGUGUGCGGCAUGCGUUUGUCUACCACCCCUAAGCGCUCCCUGGAUAGCAAAGCGGUGCAGCCGAAGUAAAAUGAGCCAGCGCGAGAGCCGUCAAGAGGACUGGAAACUUGAAUCCCAGGGCGUUUGGAGGAAAGCCUACGGCAAACCUAAAAACUGAGGGCAUCGUUUGGGUUGAGGUGAGGCGGCUGGCCACCCCCCGCCACUCUCCGUUUGGUUGCCUUCCCUUCCUUCUCUAUAUCCCCAGAGAAGAGGGGCAGGCGCUGGAGCUCCGGCCUGGAGGGUGGAGAGGAUUUGGGCGUGCGCGCCAAAAGGGGCGGCGAGUCGGACAGAUCUGAUCUUCCUCCCAUCUUCGUGUCCCCCCCCCCCCUUUCUGGAGAGGUCGAGAGAGGGCCCUGGCGCCCGAGGGCUCCCCUCCAGCCCGCUCUCCUCGGCAGACAUCCUCGCUCGCUCGCGCCCCGUCCCGCCCUCGCCGCUCCAAGGCUUCCCCGCUUCCCUCCCCUCCUCCACUGACGCAGUCCGUGCUGCACCAGAUCCUAACAUGGCGGCGGCGAGGUGGUGAAGAGCGCGGCGGCGGCGGAAGGAGACUCCGGGCCGAGCGGGCAAGCGCGGCGGCGGGCGGGCGGGUGAGUGAGUGGCUUGAGCCGGGCUCUCCUCCGCCCGAGGGGCCGCGGCGUCGCCGCCGGCGAAUAUUUAAGGGCCUCGUGGUGAGGGGGAAAAGGGGAGCAAUGGCGCGGGAGGCGAGAGGGCUCGGUCCUCUCUCUCCGUUUGAAUCUGCCUCGCGAGGGGCGGGCGGGCUCCCUCACGGCCGACUCCGCAGAGGGCUCGGCCGGCCCGAGUGUCGCCCCCUCAACAAGUCCCCGGGUGGGCCGUUGGGGAAGGCGGGGGGAAGACGAGAGGUAGUUUCUCGGCGGCGAAUGACUUGAGAGAGAAGCGCGAGGCCUUGAAUGUGGAGGGUCUUCCCGCGAUUCAAUCUCCGGGAGACGCGGACUGGGUUCGGGUGGGCAAACUUGGGAGGCCGCGCGGGAGGCGGUUUCGAGAACCGUUGCAAAUAGUUAUGAAUGAAAGCGGGCGCUCACGUCCCUGUAAUUAAGGGGGGGGGGCGGAAAGGAAGGUGGCCUGGCAGUUGGCUUAAAAAUAAUACCUUAACUAGGGGCAAGAAGUCGCGGGAUAAACGUGCACAGGAGCGGGGAGGGAUAGGGGAGUAAGCUCAUGGCCCAAAGGAAACAUUUUGCACACUCCGAAGUGUGAUAAAAAGCUACGUGAUAUUGUUGUACCUGUACUAAUUCCUCCCCGCCCCCGCCCCAAAAUGCUGUAUGCAGGUUGAUAGUAGACAGCACAAAGUUUAAAAACCAAAACAGAAAAAACACCACAGGCUAUUUGACAAGGUAGGGGUCUUUUAUUCGAGAACUGGAUCACUUUGCUCGGCUCUGUUUGGAAAGAAGUUAUGUGCAGCUUGACGUCUAUGGAAUGGUAAAAUAAAGGAGCAGAUUAAUGUGCUUUGCUUUCUGAAACUGCAGUCUGAAAUGUAAGGGGAAUGGGCCUUUCCAGAAACAUCUGUAAGGCUUGCUUUCUCACCAAGUUCCUUUAUCAAUGGAAGGAAGAAGUGCCCCCCCCCACAUCUGUGUUGGGACUGAUGCAUCUCAAGUCAUUCAAAAUGAUCACAGCCAAGUUUGCAGGUGACUCCCAAAUUAUUUAGGAUGGUGAAGGCCACAGUAGACUCUCCAUGUGGUGAAGGGGCAGCAAAAUGGCAAAGCCGCCCUGAGCCCAGCUUCGGCUGGGGAGGGCGGGAUAUAAAUAAAAAUUUAUUAUUAUUAUUAUUAAAUGAGUUUCAAUGUACAGUGGUACCUCAGGUUACAUACACUUCAGGUUACAUAUUCCGCUAACCCAGAAAUAGUGCUUCAGGUUAAGAACUUUGCUUCAGGUUGAGAACAGAAAUCGUGCUCCGGCAGCGCGGCAGCAGCAGGAGGCCCCAUUAGCUAAAGUGCUUCAGGUUAAGAACAGUUUCAGGUUAAGUAUGGAUCUCCGGAAUGAAUUAAGUACUUAACCCGAGGUACCACUGUAAGUGUAAAAUCAUGCACACCAAGGCAAAAGAAAGAAAGAAAAGGACUUACCUGAGAUAAAAGUUGGUGGAUGGGAUCUUAAUUGGUUGUGACUGACUGCUAUAAGAGAUCUUGGGGUAGUGGUGGACGGCUCACUGUAACAGAGGAAGCAGUGAAAAAAGGUAGGCUGUUGGACGUUAUUAGGAAAGGGACUAAAAAAUAAAAUUCUGUUGCCAUAGAGCAGGGGUUGGAAACCUAAGGCCCACAGGGGUCAUUUAACCUGCCCAUGAGCCGCCCCCGAACCGAGCUGCCCACUCGGUGAGUCCUGGCAUGCUGCACUAAACCAGCGUGGCACGGGGACUCGCUUCCACAGUGCCGAAAAUCACGUCUGCACAGACGCCGGAAAACGCGGGCACGCAGGCAGUCCGGCCCAUGAAGGGAUUUCCACUGGAGUGAACUGGCCCGGGCAAGGUAAACCUUGCCAGCCCCUGCCAUAGUGCAUAUUCCAGCCAUAACUGGCAUACCAUAUGAAGUUCUGAUUGCCCUGUCUCAAAAAGGAUACAAUAGCACUGGAACAGAUAAAAAAAGAGCCAUUAAAACCAUCAAGGGUCAGAGCAUAUUCCAGUGAGGAAAGGUGUAUUUGGACUUUGUUUUUAAGGAACUAAGGAACUGUGAUUAUGUGUCAGUUUCAUGCCUUAAAAUAUUUGGAAGUAUUUUAAUUGAAAUUAUUUUCAAUUAAUAAUUUUGUUUGAAUAGAAAAUAUAAGCCUCACUAAAUGCAUGUUAUUUAUCACCCCCCAAGUAAAUAUUUCAGUUCAACUAUUUUUAGCUAUUAGAAAAACCUUUAUAUCACAUGUAAAGUUAUAUCACAUGUAAAGUUAUCAUGACACACUUUUACAAUUUUGUUUAAUUGUCAACUAACCAUGUUAAAUUAAGUUUCUCUCAAUUUAUGGCAAUGGAAAACUUCAGGAAAUUUCUAGGAACAUUGUCCAAUUCAAAAUUUUCUAGGAAACCCACAUGUCUGCUUGUACAGCUUUGAAUAUUAUGUGCUAAAGAUACUCUUCUCCCUUUUUAUGCCUUAUUUCUUGGCUUUCCAGAGGCAUCUAGCUGACCACUGUUAAAAUCUAGAUGGGCUCUCAGUCUGAUCCAACAGAGCACUUCUUAAAUAUUGAAAAAUGAUAGCUAGCCGCUGAGAUCGCCAUAGCUCAACAGUAGAAGACUAAAAAAUCUCCAGUUAACCUAAUGAUAAAAGAACUUAUGGAACUUGGCCAUAACACAAAAUUUGUGUCUUUAAAAAUGCAGAAAAUUGAGAAAAAAAUGCAGCAUGUUGGGAGUUUAUAUCCUAUACCUCCAACUAUACCUCCAACUCAGAGGUACAAAAAGAGAUUUGGUUAUCAUGAUAUUUUUGUUUUUAAACAAUUAUACUGUAACUUAUCUGUGAUUUCCUGCUCUUGUGUUUGAGCAACUAUUUGUUUAUUGUGUUACAUUGAUACACACACACACACACACACACACACACACACACAUAUAUAUAUAUAUAUAUAUAUAUAAAAAAUGGUGACUGACCUGUGGGGAAUCCAUUGUUUACAAACUUACCUAUCCAAGCCAUGUUUGCUAGGGAAAGAAUCUUCCACAUAGAGUGCAGGCCACACUUCUGUAAACACAGUAGUCUGCUAAACAGACCAGAUCCUUCUGUGAUGUAGAUUUUGAAUGAAUACUUUCCUUUCCCCAUACUCUUUUCUAUGAGCUUAUUGGCAGGUGUGGCACAACUGAAGUCCAUGCUGUGAGAUGGUGCGACUUAUAAUCCAAACUCCUCUCCCCAGCCCAACAGGAUUUAUGGAGUGGUGAGGCUUCUGCUAAAUCAGAGCUUUCCAUGUUGGUGACACACUUUUUAGGCAUGCAUAAUUUUGCGACAGUAAUUCAAUUUUACUAGCAAACCAGAGGUUAAACAAACCCCUUUCUAGCCCCUGGAGGAGCACAGGGUUCGUUCACGCGACACACUGCAGCCAACACGCUAACAUGUUGUGACACACACUUUGGAAAGCUCUGUGCUAAAUGUACAGCCCGACAACUACAAUGACCAGGGCACAAGGUGGGUUGUGGGAUUUCUGGGCCAGAUUAGAGCUGGUGCAGUGAUUGGUCUCAGUGUGGGACUUUCCUCUAGUUGCUGUUUCAGGGCUUUCCACCUGCUGUCAGUGGCACUGCACACUUGGUGGACAAAGGGGGAGCUCCAUGCCUCUGGUGGCCAGCAGGAGGCUGACAGAGGGGCACCUCUGCCCAGUCCAAACCUCCCCACCACCACCACUCAGCACAGAGGGGCUUGGAUUGUUCUAUCUACAACUCUGCCUUGAUACAGUUUUGCAUUUCACCUCUAGGGAAAGGGCGGAGUGUCACAUGCUGCAACUCCUUGCUGCUGAUCAUCCUACAGGCCUCUUAGAGUUCGAAAGACAAAACAGUUUGUUGAAGGAACAUCUGCCUUGUGCUUUCAAAUGGUUCUUAGCCUUUCGUCUAAGUUCCUUCCAUCUGUCACUCUUUGCAAAGUUGCUAGCAAUGCUUAGGUUAGUAUGGGGAACUCAUAGUCAUGACUGCUUUUCUUUAUUGUGAAGAACAUUGAGAACAUCUGGAAUCCCUUGCAGAAUCUGACUUCUCAGCAUGUUGGAUCCAUUUAUUCAAACAUGAAUAUGCAAACAUGAAUAAUAAAUUACAGCUAUUAUGAGAUUGGUGCGUUUGGUUUCCCACAGUGAACAAUCAACUACCAAGGGGCAUUGGUUCGUAUUUGUUUCCUUAUCUACCAUGAAACAUUGAGACAACAAUCCCUAAUAGCAAAGUCAUAACAUCUUCCAUAUAAUAGUCUCAUAAAACAAUAACUCACUGUAUGAAAGGCAGUCCAUGGCUUUCAGUUUCAAAGGAGCAAACUUUCUAGCACUCCUGGCUAAGGGAUAAAUUUUGAAAAUGUAUCUAAUCAUUUGACUCUAAUCAAUCCUUUGGUAAUCAGAGAGCAAGAAAGAUGAGUGUUCUACACACUUCUCUGUCCUCCCCUCAUUACCUUAUACUGCCCCUUGUCUGCUCAGUACCACAAUUUACAAAAUAGAAAUUUCAAUAUGGCAGUUGGAUUCAGUUGUGUAUAUCAGGUAAAUUGUCUGAAAAUGUCAGUUGCAAAAUUUAUUCUAGACCUUGGAUUUCCUUAAUACAAUAUUUGUGUAUUUCAUGGAGAGGGCUCCUAGGUUCAAGGGUUUUAGAGAAAUCUAAAUUUGAACAUGAAUCCUUUAAAAAGCAACAACAUGUGAGUAGUGUUUUCAGAGAAUGCUUGUAUCUUAAGGGUUUGCUGUUUAUUAUCUGCAAGAGAUCAUGUAAGGUAAAGGGACCCCUGACCAUUCGGUCCAGUCGUGGCCGACUCUGGGGUUGCGGCGCUCAUCUCAAUUUAUUGUCCGAGGGAGCCGGCGUACAGCUUCCGGGUCAUGUGGCCAGCAUGACAGCCGCUUAUGGCGAACCAGAGCAGCGCACGGAAAUGCCUAUUUAUCUACUUGCACUUUGACAUGCUUUCGAACUGCUAGGUUGGCAGGAGCAGGGUCUGAGCAACGGGAGCUCACCCCGUUGCGGGGAUUCGAACCGCCGACCUUCUGAUCGGCAAGUCCUAGGCUCUGUGGUUUAACCCACAGCGCCACCCGCAUCCCGAAGAGAUCAUGUAGUUAACUGUAAUUGUCUAGAAAUUAUUGUUAAAGAAUGAUCACAGUUUUCCCUAUGUCUUGGAGGAACUUGGAGGGUACUAUGCUACUAGGGCUUAGUAAGGCAGUGUGAGCGGUGAUUUUUCUAAUGCUAGUUGUAUACACACCAAAGCAGAAAAAGUGGUUGUAAUUCUGAGAUAAAGUGGAGAGCCUGCAAAGUUGGCAUUGUGCAACUGCCAUGUGAUCAGGCCUAGGAAGUGAGAGAAAGAGGAACAAGGCAUGUAGAUGGCAUGAACCACUGCACUCUGGCAGUAAUAUACAGUGGUACCUCGGAUUAAGAACUUAAUUCGUUCUGGAGGUCCGUUCUUACCUGAAACUGUUCAUAACCUGAAGCACCAUUUUAGCUAAUGAGGCCUCCCGCUGCUGUCGCACGAUUUCUGUUCUUCUCCUGAAGCAAAGUUCUUAACCUGAGGUACUAUUUCUGGGUUAGCGGAGUCUGUAACCUGAGGUGUCUGUAACCCGAGGUACCACUGUAAUUCUUAGGAGACUGCCACAUUCCUUAUUCUGGCAACCCUUGUAUUAUUUGUCCUGUGUAUUAAAUUUGUAUACUGCCCUAUAAGCGUAGUUCUUGGCAGUUCACAACAUAAAAUUACAAUAUAAGAAACACAAAAUACAUAAUAAAAAUAAGAACAGAAACAAACCAAUAAUCCCCCCUUCGACAACACAUUUAAAAGGGCAUUGGAGAUCAGUCAGCCAAAGGCCUGGUUAAAGAGGAAUGUUUUUGCCUGAUGCCUAUAGGUGUAUAAUGAAGGUGUCAGCUGAAUGUUCCUGGGGAGAGCAUUCCAGAAAUGGGGAGCCACUGCAGAAAAGGCCCAUGCUUGUGUUGCCACCCUCAGGACCAUCUCUGUCGUGCAUUUUAGUAGUGGAAAGUGGCUGGUAUACUCUUAGAUGCUUCUAACAAGGUGUCAAGACCAAAUUUUCUCCUAAUUUCUGGUUUCCUUGCAUUAUAACUUGAAAGAGUAAAAAUCUCAGGAAGUGUGAAUUGAUGAUCGGACUAAUGAAAAAAUAAAAUGUAAGAAGGGUAAAUUUGUGUUUGUGGUCUGUAGCUAGUUUGUAUUUCGAAUUCCCGUAAUCUGCUUUUAAAAACCUAAAUUUUCCUGUUUUGCAUUUUCCAAAGGACAUAUAAGCAUCAAUGUUCAGCCAGUAUCAAGUUACCUGUCCACGCUGGAAAUUCCUUAGCUUCUGUGUUCUGCUGCCCUCAGAUAUUUUGGCAAAUAAUACCAUGCCAAAUAGAGCUUGUCAUGCCAUAUUGUGACAUAAAAAAAGUUAAAGGAGGGGCAUGACACCUAUAUUGGGCAGGUAAUCUUUGGUCUUUUCAUAUUUAAGUGUCCUGAGAAACUGGGUUUGUAAAUCAGGAUGUGCUCUCUAACAUCAGUUAAAUGAGGGGAAAGGAGCACUCAAGCCUGUUGCUUGUUCCUGUUCCAGAAAAACGUAUAAUUUGUAGGACUAGAACCAUUGACAUCUGAACCAGCCCAUAGUUUUAUAGACCUUAAUUUAAGUAAGGUCUUCAUGCUUAAUACUUUUUAAUAAGAUGGCUGACACCAUCAUAAUAUGUUAUAUUGUUUUAUGUUCCAUUAUCAGUUUCCCUUUUGCAUUAUACUUAAGUAGUAAAUAACUUUCUGAACAUUACUGUGAGUCUGCAGUAUGAAGCCUAUGCUAGACCCACCUUUGCAGGGAUGGACCCUUCCAAAUAGCAUAGGCAAGCUAGGAAGUUUGGUAGGGUCUCAGUCUUCGUGGCUGGAUUCUGAAUCCUAGAUCCUAAUGCCUUCUUCCUCCUGCACCUCCUUUGCUUUGCAUAAUUGUGUCAACUCUUGAGAGCUAUGAACGCAGGCAAGAGAAAGGAGGGAAGACCAAAUUAGGGGAGAUCACGGGCUAUGAGGCUGGCCUGGCCACUGCAUUUAUUAGCAUCUAUCACUAGUUUAAUAAUUAUAGUUAAAACUUCGUAGUUGCUCCAGUGCUUUGAAGGUGCAGCUGUUCACAUUGGGUGUAGACUCGGGUUGUACUGAUAAUGAUGUGGGGUAGAAGUGUCAGAUGUUAUAUUCAUUUAAAAACUAUCCCCUAUUUAUAAAAGUGCAUUGUUUCAUAACAGUAAUUACCGUAUUUUUUGCUCUAUAAUACUCACUUUUUCCCUCCUAAAAAGUAAGGGGAAAUGUGUGUGCGUCUCAUGGAGCGAAUGCAGGCUGUGCAGCUAUCCCAGAAGCCAGAACAGCAAGAGGGAUUGCUACUUUCACUGCGCAGUGAUCCCUCUUGCUGUUCUGGCUUCUGAGAUUCAGAAUAUUUUUUUUCUCCUCCAAAAACUAGGUGCGUCUUGUGGUCUGCUGCGUCUUAUAGAGCGAAAAAUACGGCAUAUGAUAAAGGACAGCCAAAUUGGGCAUUUUCAAUAUUGCAAUUUUUCAGAUGUUGAUACAUAUAAUAAAGCACUUUAACAUUUCCAAUAAACCAGAAAACAUUGGGAUAUUUAUACAGCAUGUAAAACUUAAGAUGGUUUACUUUCUGUUUACUAAAUAAACAUACUUUCUGUUUACUAAAUAAACAUACAAACAUAGUAACUCAGAUCCCAGUCAGUUCAGGUUAUUGGAAAAAUUUAACGGAAAAACAAAUUGCUAGAAACGUAAGGCUACUCUCUCUCAUCUUGUCUCCAUCUAUUAGAAUAUCUGCCAUGCAGUGUUUCUGAUCUCAUUGGUGCUGGCUGGGUGGAGAGGGAUACAUUUCUGGAAUAAGUAGCUAAGAAUGACUUGGAGGAGACAAGGAGGCACCAAGUGUUUAUUUGCUGCCCCAUCCCUACCCUUUUCCUUCAUCCUUCUACUUGUAAUUUAUCCCCAACAUGGUAUGAACUUUGGAGUUGAGAGCCACUUGGUUUCAGCUUGCCCUGUGUUGUCAUGUCUGCCAUACUCAGUAGCCUACCAUUCCAAAGUCCUUGAGAGCAAUCACAGUCCAUAUACUUGUGUUCAUCACUGUCAUUGUUUGCAUAGCUUUAUCUCUACAUGGAAAAGGGGGGGGGGCGACUACUUUCUUCCCUAUUUUUUAUUGUUCGUUAGAGUUUCAUAUUUGAAGUUUUCAUUUUAAAAGUCUUCAAAUUUAAUAGAACUUGCUUCUUUGUUAACAGUUUUCAAAAUUUGAAGCCAUGGGAGUGAAAAGCCAGAGACCUCGUUGCUUUUUUGACAUAGCCAUCAACAACACACCUGGUAAGAGAGAGGCUUCUGGCCUAAACCCUAUAACACACAGCUAUGUCCAGUUGAAACAAGUGUGUCUUAAGCACAAUGACAUUACUUUAUUGAUGACUUAUUUAUUCAUUCAUUGAUUCAUUCUUUUUCUUUUAGCUGGCAGAGUUGUCUUUGAGCUGUUUUCAGAUGUUUGCCCAAAGACAUGUGAGAACUUUCGCUGCCUUUGUACAGGUUUGUAUAUUUCCUCACUUGAAUAAUUUGUUAUGUAGUCCAAAUUGAAUUGUUCCUGGUUCCUCCAAAUGGUAUACCAAGAAAAUCCUGGUAAUGAAAUGAAUGACUUUGAUGUUCGUCUCUUUGUGUACUGAAAAUGAAGAUACAUUUUCAUACACAAUUUUCUAUAUUUUGGUAUAAAUUCAUAUAUGCAGAAUUAAUUAAUCCAUCAUAGUUCUACAAAUUUUGGCAGCCCAAAUUUAUGAUCGCUACCGACUUGGCUCUUCCUUAAUCAUGCAGUAAGCUUUGGAGGCACUGAAAAACGAGUGAAACUUCCCAUUGCUUUCUAAGUGCUUCUCAAGCUUAGUGCCAGGAUAGGGAGAAUUGCUGCAUUCUUCCAAGCCUAAAGAAGGGCAGGGCUUAUAUGUGUCACUCUUCACUUGAUGAUUUAUUGACUCUUGACAUACACGAACUUGAGUGUAAAGUAACACAGCUUGACAUAGUACAUUGAUGAGGAUGGUGAAGUUGGAAUUGAAGACUGUUUUCUGCCUUUGGGGGUUUGAACUGCUGCAUUGGACACACAAGUGGAUCAUACUCAAGGUACCACCGGUACCACCAGAUACAGAAUGGACAGGGCUCCUAUAGCUUCAGCAAUUGCAUAGAAGAGGGGAUUUUGUCAGGUGUGGUUAAUGCAAGGAUGCAAAAAAGUACCUACUGCAAUUCCCCUCAUUGCACAGUCAUUAAAGCUUGUGAGGAGCAGGUGGAAGUCCUGUUGCAAAAGCAGACAUCCUUAUGCUGACAGGACCAUGACAUAGUGCUACUUUGGAUGCAACCCAUAGUAUUUAUUUUCAGUGUUCUUAUGAUUUGAGUUAAAUGUAGUAAAUAAGGGGGUUCCUUUCUGUUGGUACUAUAUUGCAACUUUUUUUUUCUUUUAUAGGCUUCAACAAGUAGAAUGUCCAAGUCAGAUAGAUCAAGAGCUGAUUUCCAGUUGUACUUCUGUUGUACCUGAGGGGUUCUCCAUUAAAAGCUAAUGGGUUAACUUUCCUCCUCCCCCCCUUGCAGGUGAAAAAGGUACAGGAAAAUCAACUCAGAAGCCAUUACAUUACAAGAGUUGUUUGUUUCACAGAGUUGUAAAAGAUUUUAUGAUCCAAGGAGGUGACUUCAGUGAAGGUAUGACAUUGGCUAAAUGAUAUCAAAUAGUAGUUUGCCGAGUAUACAAAUGUGUGUGAAGUUAUUAUUUGAAUGGUCAUGCUCUCUUGCUCCUCCUCACUUGAUAUUGCAGCUUCUCUGUCAGGAUAGAAUACUCUGGUUUGCAUGUCACUUAGCUUGUAUUCAGCCAUGAUUUAAUGGUAAACGUGUCCCAUCUCCCCUGCUGGCACAUGGCCUCUUACAUGCCCCCCCCCAAUGUUUUGUCCAGGCUGUGGUUUGUGUCUUUCAGACAAACCACAGUCUAUAUUCAGAUGACACAGCAAUACUUAGCAUGACUCGUUUGAUUUAUGUGGAUGUCAUACAGAGGUUGGGUGUGGGGAGGAAGAAGCCACAAGAGGGCCACAUUCACGAAUAAGUCAUGGUUUUAAGAUCAGCUGUGGCUCUCGGUGAGAUGCACAUGAGGCAUCUGACAGGACUAUUAAAUGGAAAUGUGUUUCAAGAAUGCAUUUUCGUAAUUUCUUGAAGCCAAGCGCUUUUAUAAUGAACAUGACUAAAAUAAUAAUGCCCAUUCAUUUUCUUAGAAACAAUUAGAUUUACUAACAGAAAUAUAAAGAAAAUGUGGAAUAGCCUCAUUCUGCUUCAUGAAAGUCUGUCUUAAGAUUUGUGUAGCUCCAUCAAAAUUUAGGUUCCCUUUAGUAAGAUUUUUUUCUGUGAUAGCUUUAACUUUGAAUUUAUAUGAUACACAAUUGUUAUUUUUCUGAUGGGCUCUGGAGCCAGUCACAGACCUACCCUAUACCUGUGAUGAAUCUGUUUCAACUGUUCUUAAUUCUGAAUUUUACAUGGUUAUAACCCACCCUGGAACCUGAUGGUUCUUGUAGGUCAGGUAGUUGAUGUUGUUGUUAUUAAAUUUAAAGGAAACUCGAGGCACUCUUGAAAUGGGAGGAGAUAGCAUGCAGAUAUGCAAUAGAGUUUUCCUGUCUCAGCUAGUAGGAUAUGAUGUAACCCUCUUUGACUGGCUCCAAUCACUCAUCAGUAAAGAAUCCCUAAUGGUAAGAUCCCAUUGUCCCAUUCUCAUUUGUAAUAACAUUUUUCUUUUAAUACAAGGAAAUGGGAGAGGAGGAGAAUCAAUUUAUGGUGGCUUUUUUGAAGGUAAGCAUAGUCUUUUAUCAGGUUAGCCUGCAACUCCCAGUCACAGUCAUUGGUUUAAGAAUAUGUAUAUUAGGCAAACUGCAUUUUUUGGCCCCAAAACUGCUGGCAAAUUUAUUUAUUACAGGUCAUAGAGUGCCCUAUCCUAGGGAUUCAGAGUGCUGUUGUAAAAUUUUCAGGAAUUAUAAUUAUUACAAUUCCCUGUCUUACAUCUCCUCUUCUACCCAAUGGAUCUCCUCUUUUUUCUAUUGAGGUGGUAGUUCUCUUAUUAAGAAGCUUGAUAACUCUGUAUCUCAUAUUCAUCUAACUUCUCUUCCCCUUUACCCACCCUUCACCAUCUCAUUGAUGGUGACCAACCAAAACAACCCUCCAUUCAAUCUUACUUACACUUCAUUAUCCUGAGAGAAAAUAGAACAUCAUCCCAGUCAUCAGUCUGAUCUUUAAGAUGACUGGACAGUCUGGCUGAGAGAUUAACGCUAAGUAGCAGUUGGCCCAAGUAGGCUAGUGAAUGGGGUCUUACACUUUGCCUUUGCGAGGUAGCUGUUUGUUGAUGCUUACUGGCCAACCAGUUCAGUUUAUGAUUUAGAAAACUUGAAUUGUGUGAUGACAAUUAAAAUACUUUUAUUUCAAGUUUUCAUGACGAUCAAGCUAUUAUGGUUCAGAGCUGUUACAAGCAAGUCUAUUGCACAAGACUGCAUUUGCACAAAUAAAUAGAAUUUCUGUUACGUUUAGUUUUAAAUUUCAAAAUUGCCCACCUUGUACAUAGGUGCUUUUAAGUUUGUUUUUGUCUGUUUAUUACAAGCUUUCUUUCCCCACAUUAUUUCUGUCACUUUCUACACUUUUAUAAAUGACAUGCAGUGAGCUCCUUUGCACAAAAACACACUGGUGUGCUUGUGCUAACUGGAAUGAAUUUAAAAUGCACUGGUCUUACUAAGCAGCUGUACUGAAUAUCAAGAGACAGUUUCACUUAUACAUUUAUAUCUUAUAUAAUGGUCUUGACUUGACAUAUAGUUGAGUCUAUAUGUAAAUAGUAUUUACAUUUUUGUGCAUUAGACUGAGAAUUAUACUGUAUACCUCUGUCUUUAUUUUUAUCUAUUUGAAUGCUGUUUGGCACUACAAUGAUACAUUUGUGCAGUUUGACAAUCCUAAUUUGAAAUUCUAAAGAAAUGCCAAUGCAAGGUCAUACUUGGAAUUUUGAAGUAAUUGGAACGCUUUCUCUAGAUGAAAGCUUUGCUGUAAAGCACAACAAAGAAUUUCUCCUUUCAAUGGCCAACAGAGGGAAAGAUACAAAUGGUUCACAGUUUUUUAUGUAAGUAUCAUGCAGCUCCACUGUGUUUCUUCAGCAUUGGGAUGGUGGUCCUUACAGUUUACAUUUUAGAGCUUGGAACAGGUGAAACAGCUAACUCCUUUUCCAUUUAGAAAGCAUGACUACUUUUAAAAGAUAUCAAACUUAACUUGCUCUUACAUGUUUAUUGGAGAUAGCAAAUAAAAGAUUAUAUGGGAUAAGUUUGACUAUUUAACCCUGCUGUGUUUAACUUGGAUUAACUUGGGAGUAGUUAUCACUAUCUCCUAACAUAUGGGAACACCUGGUACUUUACCAGUAUAGAAGCUAUGAGGUAUGGGCCUAAUCAUUGCCUGGAUGGUAGACUAUUGGCAGUCGGAAUGUACUCUGCUGUGUGUUUUCUUGAUGAAAAGCUGAACAUGAGUUUAUAGUCAAGACUUCUGUAUGUAGCCAGUGACCAUUGCAGAAUAUAAGUAGGCUGUAAGUGGUAGUGUUCGUUUAGCAUGAGAUUUAAAAAUCUGUCAGAGCAAGCUAUGUUUUAGUUACACCAAGCCUUACUGAAGAGUAAUAUAAAGGGCCAGUUCAGAUGCUACUCUUAACACCAAGGUGCUGUAUGUGGUUAAAUAAGAAACAGGCUUGUGAUUUGUAUGUUCUAUUCUCUGCGUCUAUGUGUGGAUAGUAGGUAGCAUAUCCCUGGUUUACUCAUCAGUGUAUGCCCUUAGUGUGGAGGAAGGAAGGGUGCAGACUUGAGCCCUACACGCUCCUCAUUCCAGGAGUGAAAUAGUUUCUGCACAGAAUUGCUCAGACAGCAGAAAGAGACAAGUCUUUGCAAUGAAAAUAUUAAAUAUUUUUUUCUUCAAUAAACUUCAAUCAGAGUCAACCUUGGGUUUACCAGAUUCAGUUAAAUGGAGUUGUAGGUAGGGUAACAUAUUGGGGACUGUACCUUCAGAAAUGUUAUCUUUCUCUGCCCUCCUCUGCCUGCCUGCAGUUCCUUGUUUUUCCUUUUUGCCUUGUCACCCUUUUUCUGUGCCACCUUAGUUGGUCAGUUACUUGCUUUUAGAGGAAUAGUUAUAAACGUUGACUUAUUAGUAUAGUUCUUAUAAACUAAGUUACCUUUUCUGAAAUAAAUGUAUACUCAAAACAUUCAUUUGCUUGAUCAUAAAUAAAAUUUAUGUAUUAGGGGUAUAAUUUCAACAACGCACCAGGAGGAUCAUACUUCUGAAGGUUGGCAGCAUGUCUUCUCGGGUUUUUUUUGUUGUUUUUUUUUGGUGGGAGGAGGCUAAAUUUUCAGCAAGGUGAUGAUCUUGUGUGUAAACUAUCACUUCUGACUACAAGUGAGGGCUCACAUCACUGGAUGUUUCUCCUUGCAAAAUAUUCCCUUCAAAAAGAAAACUAGAUGAUAGACAAAAGGGUUCUAGUUAGCUAUUUUCCUGACAAAUAAUUUUGUAUGUGAGGGCAUUUGUUUUUAUGCAGGAGCAUCUGCAUAAAACAUUUUUUUUUUUAUUUCACAACAUUUAUAUACUGCUCGUUUGUAAUAAAACCUCAGUGUUCCCAUCUCUGGUAUCAUACUACAGUGGUACCUUGGUUUACAACCUUAAUCCAUUCUGGAAGUCUGGUCUUAAACCAAAGCGGACUUAAACCAAGGCGUGCUUUCCCAUAGAAAGUAAUGGAAAAUGGAUUGAUCCAACGAUGACAAGCAACCCCUAAAACAGAAAUUUCGCAUGAAUUUUACUAUCUAUCGAGACUAUUGAUCCAUAAAAUGAAAGCAAUAAUCAAUGUACUGUACUAGGAAAUAAAUAAAACAGUAUUGUAGAUGAUAAAAAUGAAAAUUACUUUUUUUCUUACCUGCACUAAUGAUAGUCAUUGUUUGGAUGGGAGGCUUUCUGCACUCAAUCAUAAGCGAAAAACAGUCCACAGAAACAUAAAUGAAAAAGCCACACAAACAAAAACACAAAAAAUAGCAAAAACAAAAGCACCAAAUAUCACCUCAGAAAACUGCAAUCAGAAACGGAAGGCUUUAAUUACGGGGGGGGGGGGGGGGGCUCAGAUGAGCGGCGCAAGGGCAGAAGGGGGCAGGGAAAAGGCCUAAUUAUGAUGGGGGAACUCAGAUAAACGGCGAAAGGACAGACGCAGGAAGAAAAAGGACUUAAUUAUGAUGGGGGGGACUCAGAUGAGAGGCGCAAGGACAGAAGCAGGAGGGGAAAGGCUUAAAUUGCAAUCGGGGGGGCUCAGAUGAAUGGCGAAAGGAAAGAUGCGGAAGGAAAAAAGGCGGAGGCCCAAUCCAGGCAGCGGUGGCGAGGCCUAGCCCAGCAGUGUGGCACCGCUUAGGGAGGCAGGGGGCCCAAUCCGGGCAGCGCAGGUGGCACAUACGAAGGCCUCCUGCAGCCAGGGCCCGUUGUAUAACAAAAAAAACCAAAAAAACCCCGCAACCCGGAGUACUCAUUUCCAGGUUGUAAUUGGUCGUAAUCCAAAAUGCUCAUAUACUAGGCUGUUUGUAAACCAAGGUACCACUGUAGUGAGAAUUGGCCGAAACAUGAGGUGAGGGGGAUUAAAUACUGUAACCCGCAUACAUUUGUAACAAUUCUUCAAAUUUAAGAUACUAUUAAAGUUUGCAACUUCGUAAUGCAUUGAUAUUUGAACUACAGUUUAAUGCCUCCUGAAUCUGCUUAUAUCUUCUCAUUUAUGGCUUAAUACAACAAGUUUAUCUCCGUAAUACUAAUACUAUAUUUUGUCAUUCUUUCCCUUGAUGUAAUCAAAAGAACAACCAAACCUACCCCUCAUCUUGAUGGGUAAGUGCCCUUGUAUCUUACUUGCAUUUGGAAAAGUUAAUUGGAUAGCUACUUAAAAAUUUCAGUGUGACAUAGAUAUUAGUCAGCUUUUAAAAUUAAGCUUUAAUCAUUUAGGCUUCAUGUUGUGUUUGGACAAGUAAUCUCGGGUCAAGAUGUUGUAAGAGAAAUAGAAAACCAGAAAACAGAUGCAUCUAGUAAACCUUAUGCUGAAGUACGAAUACUAAGUUGUGGCGAACUAAUCCAAAAAUCCAAAGGUAAGAGUGAAAUGUUUUUAAAGGUUGUCUCUUUUAUUUAAAAUGUUUUUAAAGGUUGUCUCUUUUCUAGUUUUGUAAGAGGUAUGUCAGAUCUAACUCAGAAGAUUGGUAACUGGGAAUCUUGGUUCUGUAAAUUGUUGUCAUUGCAGUAGCAGUAACAAAGAGUAUAUUAAAUAAAUAACAAGUGGAGCUUGAAGCAAAAUGUUGCAGUCGGCCUCCAUGCCCAAAGAUGUGUGUUCUUCAUCAGAGCUGCAUAUAACAAGUUAUGCCCUCUUUCACAAUGCUUAGGUUGUAAAAACUAAAGGAGGUGAAACACCCCCCCCCCUUUCCCAAGCAUUUGGAAUUCUGCAACUCCUGGAGAUCACUGAACAUCUUGGGAGCUUUUUUCUUUGCUUUUUAUUUCAAUUUGCUAACUAUAUAUUUCUGAACACCUACAGAGCCCCUUCUGUAUGUAGAAGCCACUAACAUCUGUGUGCAGCUCUGGUUUGCUUCAAAACUGAUAGGUACCUAUUUUGCUGUUGGAGGGAGCAAAUGGCACCUGCAACAAAAUUUGUCCCACCAUGAAGGAAAAAAUGCCUUCCCAGGGGAUUAUAGCUCUGAUUUCCUCUUGAGAAUUAGAGGGUUUUCUUAGGAGAUCUUCCUUGUUGUCUUCUUCCUUCCUCCAUGCCUCUCACUUGGCUCUCACUUCUCCAUCAUUGGCUUUUCACCACUUGUUCUCUUGCCUAGCUCCAUUACAGAUUAGAAGUUUGGUUUUCUAUGGCCAACUCUCUUCCAUCCCUGCCUGCAGAGAUUUAUGUGUAUCAGGAAAUAUGAGCCUUGAAAUCACCUAUCCAAACAAUGGAAUGGUUAUUUGUGCCUUCCUUAUAUAUGUGUUCUUCCUCAGUCGUCUCUUGCUUCAAUUCCUCUAUCCUCCCCCUUCCCCUACGGUGCUCCUUUCCCACUCUUAGCAAGUCACUUCUGACGCUUUCAGGCUGAUAGACGACAUUUUGAAGCCUUCAGCCUGCUUCUUUCAAUAUAUCCAGCCACUUCUAUUCUCUUUCCCCUGCUUUUCCAACCAUGGCUCCUGAGUAUGCUUAGCCCUCAUUUGGCUGGUUUGUUUACUCAGCAGAAUUAGAGGCGUUCCUCCAAGCAUUCAGAUACCUCCCUCUUUUUCUGCUGUGAUAAUUGUUUCAUUGUGAGCUGAGUGAGUUCCUGCUCCUAACCCAGCUUCCAUGCUUUAGCGGGCCUCUUGCUUGGUGACCCCAGGGAAGACCAAGAACAAAGACCAAAAAAUGUUUCCUGAAUAAAGUUGGGGAGAGUCUUCUCACUGUGCCACUGGCGAGUGUAGCUCAUUCUGUAACAACAUGGGAUUGUCCCUUCUUGAUAAUGGUACCCCAGCUGCAGCAUUCCUUCCUACUGGAUGUGUGGGUGGCCACAACAUAAAUGGAAUUCUAACCCACAGUGAAAACAUACCUGUUCUCCUAAGCUUUUGAAGGUUUUGUUUGGUAACUGCUUGUCUAAUUGUUUUAAUUUAAAGCCAAGAAAGAAGAGAAGAAAAGACGCAAGUCAUCAUCCUCAUCCAGCGAUUCUGAAAGUUCAAGUGAUUCAAAAUCAUCUUCUGAUUCAUCAUCAGAUUCUGAAAGUGCUUCUGGGGGGAAAACAAAGAAAAAGAAAAAGAAGCACACAAAAAAUUCCAAGAAACAUAAGAAAGAGAAGAAGAAGAAAAAGAAGAGCAAGAAGAGGUACAUGCAGGCAGGCUGCGGGGAGAGAUUUAUUUUUGAAACUUGAAAAAACAACACCUACCUUCCUGUGCUACAGUUAGAUGAAAAUGGCUCAGAAGAAUCAGUAGUGCAUUCUUCCAUGUCAUUUUCAUGUCUUACAAAAAUAAUAUAGUUUUUCGUUAAUCUCCAACAUGCUCUCCAUCAAAAUAAAAAUUCUUGCAUGUCUGUACAGGUGGAGUUUAGAAUGAAAUCUGAAAUAUUUAGUUUUAAUGGGUUUUUUAUUUUUUUUACAGUGGAACAAAUCUGCCCAACAUUAGCUCACCCCAUACUAUGUUUGUUGACACAACAUUGGAUCUCAAACAACAGGCAACCAGGAUGUUUUAUUUUGUUCGUUUACUCUUGUGAAGGACUUAACUUUUUAUUGUUUAUAUAGUCCUGUCAGAAAUACUUACACUUUUAUCCAGCACUUCCUUUAGAAAGCUCAGAGCCUAUCUUGCCUACAGUUCAUGUGCUCUCUAAUCCAGGCACUAAUAUCCAUGUUCCCUUAGUUUUAUCAUUGCUACAGAAUUAAGUAUUUCCAGGCAACAAUAAUCUUUUCCCUCUGUAAGCAGUUUUUUUCCUUUGGUGGUGGGGUAUUUUUUCUAUCUGGCAUGCCAGAUUCUUAUCUCUACACCACAUUUUUAAUAAUAAUAAUUUAUUAUUUAUACCCCGCCCAUCUGGCUGGGUUUCCCCAGCCACUCUGGGUGGCUUCCAAUAAAAUAUUAAAAAUACAAUAAAACAAGCCUUUAGUCUGCUUCUUUCAGUAUAGAUGGUGUUGUGCUAUGAAGCCCUGAUUCAAAGAGCAGCAUGAGGCUGUUUGAAAGCCCUUUUGCAAACAACCCCACACUGCUAUUUAUACCUCCGAUUUUUUGAGAUUUAAAGCAGGACAGGACUGUUUACAAAAGGGCUUGUAGGGAACGACUGAUGAACAGAGAGUACAGUCUUGCUGGCUGCAGGGGUAUGCUCUGGGAGCACAGAGAACAUGUUUGCAAAGCAGAUCCCUGCAGGAUUGAAUCCUACCCAUCACCUGACAGAAUCUAUUCAUGUCAGCUGAUGGAUAGGUGGACAUAGUUUGGGGAAGCUAGCUUUAUGGGCCAACCUCCUGGGGGGCCAGGCUUGGCCUGCAGGCCAGAGGUUCCCUCCCCCUACUGUAGUUACUAGCUUAGGUUCAACCUAAGCUAGAUGGGUGAGGUGCUGCCACAGAGUCAGCCUCAUGACAGUGACAUUUCCUUUUCUUUUUUUUACUACAGGUAUUUGGGGAAAGGAUUUAGCUUAAAGAAGGGAUAUAUUUUGAAUAUAAACCCAGUGCAAAUAGAUUUUUGCCUUUGAAGUCUCAACUUUAUUUUAUUUUGGCAGAACACAUAUUAAAAUAUUAAAUACCUUUGUUUCAUCUUCAACAAUAGUUUCUUAAAAAUAGUGCAUUUGAAGUUCCUGUUUUGGCAUAUGCGAAUUGCAAAAGAAACAUAUGUAACAUUUAAAACAGAUGCAUAUAACUUUUGUUCUCUUAUCAAUGAAGCUCAGCCAGUGAAAGUGAAACAGAAAAUCCUGAAUCACAGCCACUUUCCACAGUCCGUCCUGAAGAGAUUCCUCCUGUACCAGAAAACAGAUUCCUUAUGAGAAAAAGUCCUCCUAAAGUGGAUGAAAAGGAAAAAGAGACCAAGAGCAGAGAGAAGGAAAGGGAGAGGUAAAGUUGUACUUGAUCAUAACUGCAGACUUAUGAGUAAGCCCCAAGCUGUGGUCCAUGUGAAUUACCUUGAUGUUGACUUUGGUUAUUUACUAUGUGCUGGCACUUUUACACAUGCUUAACUGCAAUGGGAUCUAUUAAAUGAAUUUUGCAAGAAAAAAAGACAGUAAUCUUCUCAGGCCUACCGCCAAUGAUUUCAGUGAGAUUUCCUUAGGAUGGAGGUGUUUUGAAAUCAAUUUUUGGUAAGGUUGUCCUAUAUCAUGCAAGCAGACUUCCUGUUCCUCUCCCCACCCCAACCCUCUAAAGAAAAUUUGGGUGGUGCAGGAAGAGUAAUCUGUUACAUCGUGUCUCUUCAAUUGGUAGAUGAUCACAGUUGGCUUUUACCCACUGUCUUUUUAAUCCUCACAGUUGUGCUUUUGAAUCUUUUGCCAUGAAGUGAAUAUUUAGCAGACUGUUUGUGGAAACGUACAGUUUGAUAGAGCUUCAGAAAUACAUAAUAAUAGAAGAAAUGAAUUAUUUAUUUAUUUAUUUAUGCCCCGCCCAUCUGGCUGGGUUUCCCCAGCCACUUUGGGUGGCUUCCAAUCGAAUAUUAAAAACAAUACUUCCCUAAACAGGGCUGCCUUUAGUUGUCUUUUAAAAGUAAAAUAGUUUUUUAUUGCCUUGACAUCUGCUGGGAGGGCAUUCCACAGGGCAGGCGCCACUACCGAGAAGGCCCUCUGCCUGGUUCCCUGUAACCUCACUUCUCGCAGUGAGGGAACCGCCAGAAGGCCCUCGGUGCUGGACCUCAGUGUCCGGGCUAGAUGAUGGGGGUGGAGACGCUCCUUCAGGUAUACAGGACCAAGGCCGUUUAGGGCUUUAAAGGUUAACACCAACACUUUGAAUUGGGCUCAGAAACAUACUGGGAGCCAGUGAAGAUAUUUCAGGACUGGUGUUAAAUGGUCUCGGCAGCCAUUCCCACUCAUCAGUCUAGCUGCCACAUUCUGGAUUAAUUGCAGUUUCCGAGUCACCUUCAAAGGUAACCUCACGUAGAGCGCAUUGCAGUAGUCCAAGCAGGAGAUAACUAGAGCAUGCACUAGAGUCAUCUUUAGAACCAUCCCGGAACUACAGUGAUGUCUUUUUCCUCCUUUCUAGUAACCCAUCAAACUGUCAAUCAACAUAUCAGAGAAGGUUGUUAGUGACUAGAUCUGGACGAAAAAUUAAAGGAAGAGGACCACGGGUAUGUCCUUUCUUGUGAUUUAUUCUGUGCAUUUUGACAGUUUUUACCCUGUAAUACAGUGAUCUUGUUCCAUAACAACAUUUAAGAGUAAUUGUUCCUUUUUUAUGGAUACACUGAAGAGGUUUUGGAGAGAAGCAUUUUGGGGAUGAAUGGCAGAGCUGUGUAGUGUAUCUAUCACUAUGUCUCCCACAGACACAAGAGUCCACCAACCCUGAAUGCUGCUACUAGUUAUUUAAUGAAAGAGCGAGUUUUUGCAAGCUUUUGUUUUGAAUUCCAGUAAGCUGCCCACCAGCUCAACAGCAUUUUAAGACGAGCAGGUCUUAGACACAUAGAGCACAGUGUCUUUUGUCAGUUUUGACUUAAAUAUAUUACUUAGGGGUUUCUCUGCUUUCUUUUAUCUGAAUGAAUUACUCUUGCAUUCCUUUGCUCCUCUCUAUGCAGUAUUCAUUUUCUGAGGUUAUUUGCACCUAUGUGGCUAACAGGAGAUCUGUUCCACUGAAUAGCAUAAGCUAUUCUUGUAAGCACAGGCCUAAAUUUGCUCCUGGCCUGGCUUAAGAACAUUUAAAAUCUCAUAACUCUUGUUGGGAUUGAAUGAUAGGAGCCUGAUGUAGCCAAAAUUAUGCAAUUAUCAGAGUGACUGUUUUGCUUUUAAACUUAAACUUUUCUUUUCCUUUUGGUAAAGUAAUGUGUUUUUAGCAUACUGGUACACAUUUUUUAUCUAACUUUUUCUGUUUUCAAAGCGCUACCGAACACCUUCAAGAUCCAGGUCACGAGAUCGUUUUAGGCGCAGUGAGACUCCACCACACUGGAGACAAGAAAUGCAAAGAGCUCAAAGAAUGAGAAUAUCAAGUGGAGAAAGAUGGAUAAAGGGAGAUAAGUAAGAUGUAGUCAUAUAAUUUGCAUUACUUUUUGACUCUUACAUACAUCUUUUCCAGUUUCAGUGUGUAUACAAUAGAGCAUAUACUAAGUACAAGCAACUCCUUAUAUAUUCAGGGGUUGUGUUCCAAGGCAUGUGAGUGGGACAUGUAUAAGCCCGCCCAUUCCGCCCCACCCUCUUUUGUUGCUGAAAACGGUAUGCAUGUCAGCAGACGUGCAUGACUUGAACAUGCACAAAUUACAAUAAGUUACUUUUUCACCUUGAAUUUCCUUCAGUUUGUAGCCAGCAGAGAUAUGUGAAACAACUAUAAAGAAUAAUUGUGAUUGUAAUGCAGAUUCAGCUUCAGUCACUGAUAUGGCAUUUCCUCUUUUGACCUUUCUAGUUCUCACCUUUUCAUAACAAAAUGCAGAAAUAUAUAUAUAUAUGGUAUGUUUUCCCCAGGGGUGAAGUUAACGAGAACAAGAAGGAUGCUGCAAAUCAAAAAAGCCCAGGAAGAGGAAAAGAAAGGAAAGCAUCUGACCACAGGCAAAUUUCUGAGAGCCCAAAUAGGAGGGAAGGAAAAGAAAAGAAAUCAAAAGACCACAAAUCUAGUAGUAAAGACAGAGAGACAAGGAGGAAUUCUGAGGAGGACAAAGACAAGCAUAACAAAAGCAAAGCCAAAAAAAGGGCUCGAUCCAAAAGUCAGAGCAAAAGCAAAGAGGUGUCAAAAAGUAAGGAGAGGGACUCAAAACUUAGCAAACAUGAAGAAAAGAAAGUGAGAUCAGGAAGCAAAGAGAGGGACUAUGAGAAAGAGAAAGACAAAGAGAAAUCCAAUGAUUUUCGAGGAAGAGAAAGGAGCAGAAGUAAAGAGAAAAAUAAAAGGGGAGGGUCUAAAACUAAUGGUCAGAAUCAUACUAAAAGUAAAGAUACGGAAAAGCAUACAGAGUCAAAGAGCAGAGAACGUGAACCAUCUAAAAGCAAACACAGCUCAAAUAGUAAGACCAGAGAGCGAAGCAAAAGUAGAGACAGAGGGAAAAGAGCCAGGUCCCGAAGUAAAGAACGAGACCGCAGCAGAAGUAAAGAUUAUUCAAAACACAAAGAUAGAGAAGUAAAAAGAAGGGGAAGAUCAAGAAGUAGAGACAGAAAAGGCACACCAGAAAGAUCUAAAGGCAAAGAAAACAAAAGGAGGAAGGAGUCACAGAGCUCUGAGAGGGAGAAAAGUCGAAGUAAGGAUCGGCAUAGGAAUCAAGAGCAUAGAAGUUCUCACAAAAAAGAUGAUGCUGAAAAAAGAAGGCGUUCUAAAAGCCGUGACAGUAGUAGCUCAGAGACCAAUAAGAGCAAAAAAUCCAGUAGAGAUCAGGAUAGAAGUCCUGAUUCAAAGAAAAGACGAAGCAGCAAGGACAGAGAAUCGAAAAGAUCAUCUUCACGCAGGAGUAAGGAAAAGGAAAAAGACAGGUCCCGGUCCUCAAAAGAAAAAGAGGUCAACCAAAAAUCUAAGAAUCAGGAGCGAGAUCGUGCCCGUGGUAAAGAUAAAAAAUCUGAUCAUGAAUCGAGUGCUGGGACUGAUGAAGACAGACAUGGAUAAUUUGAUGAACUUGAUGUUUCCAUUCUGCCUCCAGGUUCUAGAGACAUGUUGGGGAACAUUUUUUUUUUUUAAUGUGGACUUCUGUUUGGUCUUUUGAUAAUCCACAGCCUGGAUCAUUUGUACUGCUAAAGUUUUAAUAAACUUGAAAUGGAAAAACAAGUUUUAUGUGUAAUAUGGUGUGCUGUGUUUUAAUAUUUCAGAGUUUAUGUAUCCUGCUUCUGUGUUAUCAGAAGGAAACAUUGUAUUGCAUUUACAUUUUAAUUUAGAUGACUCACUACAAAGAAACUGGUUGGGCUGAAAAUAAAUUAAAUUUAUUUUAACCAGUAGAAAUCUGCCUACUCAUGUCUCAGAGAAUUGCUGUUACGUUCAUGUUAAUAAAUAAUAAUAUGUUAACAUUACAGGACUACAAUAAGGAGACAGCUAGUGUAUAAUAGAGAUGUAGAAGGAGGAAGGAUAUUCUGCAAUUUGAAAUGAAGGUAUCAGUUUGCCCAAAAUGCUAUACUGCUGUUGCCAUUAAGGAAAAACAAACAAACCAUAAAUCCCUUUGGUCUUUGGAACAACCAUUUAUUAUGGAUGAAAUAUUUUCAGCAGAAGCAGUUCUUUCAGAAAUGGGUAAUCUUUAUAUGCUUCUGGGUAACCUCCAUUUUAUUUUUGAUUCAGGCUUCCCUGUAGCAGUGCAUUUUGUAUCCUGUGUUACUGUAUUAUGUCUCUUGUAGAAAAUUGAUUUCUGCAUGCUUUGUCUAAAGGGGAAAACAUUCUUCUAGAUAGGAAGUCAGAGUGCAACUGUAUUUAUAAGUAGGAUUCCCAGUUUUCUAACUCUCCAGUAGCCAUUUUGUCCUGUUAAUGAUAGUUUGUUGGGACCCAGCAUUUGUUCUGGACGUUGUGUAGAGUGCAUCCUCAGUAGCUUGGAUGUGUAAGUUUAAAACGUGCACCGUAUGUCUUAACUUUUCUUCUGCCUGAAGAAAUGAAAAUGACGAAGGGGAAGCUGUCCUUUUUCUAUAGCUUGUGCUGCAACUGCUGUUUCUGCUUCCAUUUUUCUAGCAGAUGUUGAAAAGUGCAGCAAAGAGUAGAGAAGAAGGGGCUGAAGGUAGCAAGGGAUGCAGUAAUCAGAUUCAGUCAUCUGUCAGAGAAACCUAGGUCUACAAUGAUUCAUAAAAGAUUUAAGACUGGGUCUCCACUCAGAUUUGGGGUAGGACCAUCAGCUUGUCAUCUACUUGAGAAAUGAAGGGCACAUGGGAAUACAUACACAGCACACAUGCAUAACACCACCAUUAAAAACAAGCAAAAAACAAAUGCACAUCCAAUGUAAUGAAGUUUUGAGUGUAAGGGAUUAAAUUUUGUUCGUCAUUUAUUCGCAGUACAUCUAUACUGGGCAAUCACUUCAGUUAUUUUAAGUUUAAACACCAUGCAAGCUAUUAGACUAUGUAAGUUUCAGAAGUUCCCCCUGGAUACAUGGGAAAACUUGUCUUUAGGGUAAAAUACUUUCAAUUGUUGCUUAAGUAAAAUGGAAGAGGAAUGUAUUAUAGUUUACUGUGUUCUUUAAGAAAUUAAAAACUUCAGGCUAUAAAGCAUGGAUGCAUACAGAAUUGCUUUUUGUCUGCUAUGUCAACAAACUUCAGUUAAUUUUGAUGACAGAAAUUUUUUUCACUUGCUAAAUUUGUUUCCCCUAAUACCAGGAUUGAUGUGAAUCAGUUAAACCUGAUCUUGGUGGCAUUUUUGGGGUUGGGCAUAUUUGGUGACCUCAAUGGCAGUGUGAAAACCUGACUUUUAGUCACAGAAAUAGAAAGCUGACACACAUUAAAAGGUAAUUAGCAUCCAAAGUACAUGAUGUAUGCCAAGAAUACUUCUGCCAUGUGUCUUGGUCCAUAUUAUUCCACAUUAUGAUGAAAUUACGAUAAAUCAAAAGCACCUUAAAUAUGAACAUAUUUGUUAAUUGGUUAAGAAAUUGCUACUAUGUCACAGACCAUAGGGUGUGUAAAAUGUAAUCUUCAAUGUGUGUGCCAAUUAAGGGUUACACUUUUACACAUAAUGAAUUGACUAUGGACUGUGGUCCACAAAAACAUACACAAUAAUUAGUAAGUUAAGGUAUCACAACAUUCUUCAUUGUUUUUUACUGCAACAGACCAACAUAGCUGCCCUUCUGAAAAUUAUGAUAACUCAAGUAGUAAUACUUUGCAUUUACCGUUUUGCCCAUGUUAUUAAACCUAAUUUCACAUCUAGAAAAGUGGUUAUUUGGCGAUUCCAAACAUUCAUACUUACAGAACAAACAUGUCCAUUUUGCUGUAUGCCUCUUUUCUGUAAUUGCCCAAGAUUGAUCUUGAUGCUCAUCUGCAGCUACUAUUUUGCUAAGCGUGCGAUACGCUGUUGUGGGUUAAAGAACACGGCAGAUGGUAACAGCCACAUGGUUGUGUCCCACUUAGGAAAGUCCUGACAUUCCCUUUAGUAUAUUGUAGCCUCAUUAACUGUUUUAGUUGUUCUACACUGAGCCUGAAAAAAGUGUGUUGGUGCACUGAUAGCAAAUGGUUAUCUUGAGUUCCUGUCUCCACUGUUGUGAAACCCUAAUUCUGUGAACUGCUUCAUUAAAGUACAAACCCACAACUUUGAUCUUUUAGGGAUCUGAUACUAUGUCAUUUUGUAAAGAGCCCUGAACCUGCAAUAUACCCUUCUUUAGUGUUCUUUAGUUCUUGAAAUUAAAGUAUAUUUGAAUCACUCUUCCUUAAAGUAUUUAAUACAGGAAGAGAAAUAGUAUGUGUUACUACAGCUCCAUUAUAAGUCGUAAUGAAAAACUAUACCUGUUAAUAAUACAGUAAAAUCUUUAGGAUGUACAACAGAAAUCUUAUACUGUACUAUUACCUUUCUAGAUUGUCCUAUGCUUUGUAUAUUUUUUGAAGAGUAUGAUGUUUCAAGAGGGAGAUUCGUUCUGUGUUUUUGUUUUUUGUUUUGCAUGCAUCAAAUUUGAUUGAUCUGUUUUUCAGGAAACUAAACUAGUAAAAGAAGCAAACUUUUUUUGUAAUUCCCAAAGUCAUUUUAGAUGUGGAUAUUUAAAUGUAUUCACUAGUCCUGUGCAAAUAUUAAAUCUGGAUCCAUGAGGAGGAACUGGGAUUACACUGGUGGGACCUAGCCCCUUUGGGAUACCUGUCCUAUCUCUUCCUGACAAUUGCAUGUUGAAUGUUUGCAUAGCAACCCACAUUCCUAAACUCAGUGCAUAUAAGACAAUCCAUGUGAUCUGCACACCUCAAAAUAAAGGUGCCAGGGUCACAAAGAUCAGCUCUGUACAUUGGCCUCUGUGUGCAAUGUGCAAAGAUCAGGUGGGAGCAUGGGUGGGACAUUGUAAUCCUGAUCCUCCUCUUGUAUAUAUGGACUUAAUCUCUAUCCAGGGAUACUGGAAUAUCACAUGAUGUGAUAAUUUAGUCUUUAAUUUGUGAAUUGCCAUGGCCUCAAUCCAAAGAAAGCUGAUCAAUGUGAAAUGUUGGUGAUGAAAGCAUACUGAUUUCCACUGAACCUAACUGACUAAGGCUGUAAUUCUGGGAGUAAAUCCCACUAAAUCUGAGGCUUACAUCCAUGUAGGAUUUUACUAUAACCUGUCCUGAACUGAGUCCUAUGUGUGCUUGUGUCAGUAUUGGAAAGCAUGCUACCCAGGUAAGUCAGUUUGGUAUUCUCUUGUACGUGGGACUACACAGAAACCACAGAGAUUGUUUACCUGUACUGUUUUUCUUUGAGUUGCCCUCUGCAGUCUUCUUCCUUGCUGCAGGUGCUGUUGUUGGCCUGCUCUUGCUCUGGUGCUUCCCUAUACAGUAUAGCCACUUUGGUUAUUCUGUCGAACUGAGCAGAAAAGUGGGAACCAUGUCCCUUUUUGCAUACUGAGGGUUGGGAAUAGGCUUCCCAGCAAAACCUAACUCUAAAAUGUUCUGAAUGUUGCUCUGUGGAGUUGGCAGAACCCGUAUGUGUAACUGCACAGAUGACCAUUCAAAGAACCACAGUUCCAGGCAAGCAACCUGUCUUUCACCCCAUCAGAGAAUGGGAAGCACAUGGUUAAUUAACAGGGAAUUUUUGGUCACAGCACACAUAGAAUGGAGGAAAGGGUAGCACACAGAUGGAAUGUGUUGGCACAAAGCUCAUAAUCUUGGAUUAAUAAACUGAUAUGUGUAUCCAAACCAAUGAGAAUCUGAUUUGGAGGUGGAUUUUUUUUUUUGCAUAUAAUUAAUUAAGCCAGUGAAGAAAGGUAAGCCCCUCGGCUAUAUCUCAUAAAAUAACUCCUACCUCCAGCUCAAGCAAAUAGUGUCAAAUUGUAUGUUAAGAUUAUUCCAUUGGAAGGCAAGCAGCCUGAUGACAUGAAUCAGGUUGCUCUAUCUUCUCCAGUCUGUUUAUUUACACUCCAAAAACAGAGAGAUGGCCACUAGAACCAGUGGUUGGUUGCAGCAUUGGCUCUUCAGAUAUGCCAUGUCUAUGUGUGUCUGUAUCUCACAGUAUAAAAUGUUUGUGUUCAUCAGCAUUCUAAAGAUACAUAAAACAUGCUGUCCUAAACCUUUGCACUAAUAUAUUGCAAUAGUUGAGAAAAGAAUUGCUCGGUUUAAAAUUUUGCAACAUUCAGAGCAUGUUUGUAGCAGAACUUGGAAUGGUUUUCAGUUAGUAUAUAUAGCCCCUUUUGCAUAUACCUCUGUAAAGUUGUAUAGAAAAGGAAAUUUAUGUUCAUUUUGGUAUGUUCUCUUAAAUGUAUUUUUAAAAAUAUGAUUAACUUACAGCAGCCUUUACCAACUCUUGUGUCUUCCACAUGUUUUGGACUACAGCUCCCAUCAGCUCCACCAGUGUGACGGUGCUGCUUGGGGUCGGUGGGAGUUGCAAGUCCAAAAUAACUGGAGGGCUCCAGGUUGGCAUAGACUAAUGAACAGUAUCCUGAACUGGAGUACCUGGUCAACGUUGUGAGAACUGUUAACCUUCAUAGGGUUACAUAGUCACUGAUGUGUUGAAACAGAUGGAUUUGGGGGGUAACAAAAUAGCUCUGUGUUGCCUGAACUGAGCGUUGGAAACUCAUUGUUUUGGAAAUUUUUGUAGUUUGUAAUUCUCACCUAGGAAGGACACAUGGAAAUGUGAGUGCUUGGUAUGGAACAUGCAACUUGUAUAUUAAAAGUAUUUUGAGAAGCUAAA